AUGGUAUUGCUCAUGGUUUUCAUUUUCAACAGUGCUCUCGUCAUGGGAGUUAAGGCAGAAAACUUUUACAUCUCGAACAAUGUGGUUCUGUUCUGUCUGAUCAUCUAUCUCCAAAUCUUGGUCAUGUUUGCCAUCAAUGAACUGUGGGAGGAGAAACCCGACGAGUCUACCGAAGCGAUAGUCCGCUUCAUGCGCUAUCAAUUGACAGGCGACGCCGAUGAUUCAGCAUACGAUAGCCUUGCCAGCGUAGCCAGCUACCGUUGA